CUGAGGCGAUGGCCGCGAAGGUGGCCGCGGCGGCGAUGGGGCCUGCGGCGGCCGCGGCGCGUUCGCUGGAGCUGCCCGCGGAGUGCGACCGGCGUCUGGCCCAGUUCCUGCAGCACGUGGACGAGACCGAUAUGGUGUGGCUGGAUGAGAUCUAUGAGGAGGCCGUCCGGAUGUUUGUCAGCAACUACAGCGAGGAGCUGGAGCUGAUGCCCAAGACGCCGUCGCAGAAGAAACGGCAGCGGAGGAAGCGGCUGUCGGCCCUGCAGGAAGAGGAGCAGGAGCCCGGCAGGAAGCGACUCUCCAGGAGGAGGAACAGCAGCCUCAAACUGGUGCCUUCUGUGCGAGCUUCUCAGCGACUCCGGAACAAAGAAAACCUGGAACUCAGCAGGACCGAGGCCAAAGAAAGCUCUCCACCCCAGCGUGUGACACGGUCCCGGGCUGCAGCCUCUGCCAGCAGCUCCAAGGUGGUUCCUGAGACGCCUCCUCCCCAGCAGGCAGCAGGGAAGGACAAGGAUCCCUGCGUGGAAGCUGACCACAUUGGUGCUACAGUGCCCCUCCGGAGGAGCGGAACAGAGCCGGCAGAGCUGCUCCCCACGAGCUCAGGGAAUGGCUCUCCCGAGGAACACGGUGCUCCCACAUCGCCGCUGGUGCCCAUGGCCCCUGAGCUGGCGGUGCCCUGUACCCCCGAGGCCAGGCAGGCUGUGCCCGAGCUGCAGACUGCGAAGGCAGCCAACGUCACCAUCACCCUGAGCAUGGAGGCUGGGCUGGAGGAGGGGGACGGCUCCCUGCAGGAGCACGGCCACACCGAGGAGCCCUGCCAGCCCCCGAGGGACAGCCCGGGGACUCCGACCGGCGCCCGGCUCAGCCGCCGCUCCGUGCGCCGCAGCCUGAUGGGGAAAGCCUCGCUGAGCCGCAGAACCUCCCUGGCAGAGAAAUACUCCCUGGCCAGCAAGAGGGAGAGCAUGAUCCGGACAUCCAUCGCCAGGGCAGCGGGCAGGAAGAAGGCGGCUCGGAAGAGAUCCGUGUCUUGCAGCUCUGUGGAUGUCUCCAGCUCCGUAAGUGUGCCAGAGGAUGAGGAAACAGUUGUCAAAGCUGGGCCUCCUCCUGGAUCCUCCACCCCCUCCAAGCUGGAUUGCCAAAGCCCUCGGAUGUCCCUUCGCUCCCACACAGUCAGCAAACACGGGCAGCCCCAGGAGCCGAGCAGCAGUGAAAACAACUUAAAUAAGAACGGAGGGACCCUGGAUCCACCCCAGAGUGCCAGGAGGAAGCCGAGCUACAAGAGAGCAGUGGACGAGCGCUACGACCACCAGCAGGCAGAGGAGGGGGGGCUGUCUCCUCUCAGGAGGAAGACCCCAUCCCCAGUCCUCCCAGCCAGCAGGGUGGUGCGCCCGUUCAAAACGUUCCUGCACACCGUGCAGAAGAACCAGCUCCUCAUGACACCGAGCUCUGUGGGGAGGACCGGAGUCAUAAAAUCUUUCAUCAGGUACAACACCCCUGUCCAGGCUGAUCCCAAGGAAAAGGAGAGGCAGAAGCUGGAGACUCUGCGGAAGAAGCAAGAAGCCGAGCAGCUGAGAAGGCAAAAGCUGGAGGAGGAGAAGAAACGGCGACUCGGAGAGGCAAAGCUGAAGCGCGAGGAGCGGCUGCGCAAGGUGCUGCAAGCCCGGGAGCGGGCGGAGGAGAUGGAGAAGGAGAGGAAGAGGAGGAUCAAAGAGAAGAUUGCGCUGUUCGAUGAGAAGACCGAGAAGGUGCGGGAGGAAAGGCUGGCAGAGGAGAAGAUCAAGAAGAGAGUGGCCGCCAGGAAGAUGGAGGAAGCUGAGGCCCGGCGCAGACAAGAGGAGGAGGCCAGGAGACAAAGAGCUCUGCAGCAGGCGGAGGAGGAGGAACGGCGGCACAGGGAGCUGAUGCAGAAGAAGAGGGAAGAGGAGCAGGAGCGUGCUCAGAAGAUCGCUGAGCAGAGGCAGGCGGAGCAGGAGCAGGAGAGACAAUUGGCUGCAGAGAGAGAACUGGAGAGGAAGAGGGAGCAGGAGCGGAUCCAGGCGGAGAAGCUCCGGGAGCAGCAGGAGAAGGCUGCCCGCCUGCAGAAGGAAGCAGCGGAUGCUAAGGAGCGGCUCCGCAGGGAGAUGGAGAAGAAGGAGCAGGAGCAGCAGAUGCUGGCGGAGAAGAAGAGGCAGGAGGAAGAGCAGAAGAAACUGUUAGAGGAGCAAAAGGCCAAAGACAGUGCCCAGGCACUGCUCCUGGAGAACAAGGAGAAUUCCCCUGCCUGCAACUCGUACGAGAUGACUCCGCAGAACAGGAAGGAAUUCAAGCUGCCUGUGACAAGCUCGAACGACUACGGGAUGGACCUGAACAGCGACGACUCGACGGAUGACGAGAGCCAGCCGCGCAAGCCUGUCCCUGCCUGGGCCACAGGGCACCAGCUCAGCCAGGCUGUGAUCCGGCAGUACUACAACCCCCCCGACGUGGACGCGCUGUUUGGGGCCAUCCCCAGCCCCAGGCUGGAGCACAUCUUCUACAAGAGCAAACCCCGCUACUUCAAGCGCACCAGCUCGGCCGUGUGGCACUCCCCACCCACCGUGGGGGCCAAGCCGGCCCUGGGGCUGCCCUGUGGCCUCAAGAAGCCCUGAGGUGAGCGCUGGUGUGCAGCAGCUGUGCCUUCCUGUCUCCAGGUGAGGAAGGAGUCACUCUUCACUUUAAGUAUUUAGGUUCUAGCGUUGAAUAAAUGGCAGCUUUUCCUGGGUUUCCUGCGCCUCGGUUUGCGGGGCUGGUGUCUGUCAGGCCAAGCCACGAGGUGCUGCCCUGUGAAGUGCCUCUCUCUUACCCUUAGCUUGCAGCUGGCGUGGACUCAGACCUUUGGCGGGUGAGGGGUGUCACUGAAGCUGUGGGAUCCCCCCUCCCCGCCCCACAGGCCUGGCAGUACCUGCCGCCAGCUGUACGUCUGUGCUGCCCGCGAGGCCAGGGACAGCCAGGCACCACUGCACCAGGGCACAGUCCGGCCUGCUCCGCCGCUCUUCUCAGGAAGGUGUGCCCAGGUGUGCUCUUCAUCUCCUGCAAUCCCACAGGGAUUCAUCGCUCUGUUUCCCACCUGCGUGGUGGUGUCCAUCAGCCGGGCAUGGCUGAUGUUGGCACAGCUGGAACAAGGCGGGAACACGCCGAGGGUCUCAGUGACCACAGGUGUGACCAUGUCCCUGAGGAGCCACAGGUGUGUGAGCCAGCUCUAGGCCUCGAUAGGAGAAACUCUGCAAGGGUUCUGGCAGACUUCUUUUGUUUCUCAGUGAAAAUUCCAUCUGUGAGGCCAGAUGGGAUUGAGAGGAUGUUUUUAACCGUAAUCCCCCUUGUUCACCCUUGGCUGUGGCUCAGCAUCAGCUCGCUGUCUCUCGGCCUGUUUAGCACUUCCUGUUCAGUGAGCCGCUGUUAACCGGACUCUGGCCAACCCGAUUUCAUCGAACCAAAAACUCCAGCUCAGCCUUCCCAUUCCAGGAGCCCGUGGUGGUUUAGUCAUUCCUUCUGCACCCACCCAGCCCAGUCCUGUAAAACCCCUGUAGAGACUUUGCUCUGUGCGAGGCGACGUGAUCCUGUCUGCGUGUCUGUAGCCAAUGCGCUGUUUGCCAGCAAAUGUUCUUCAAAAGAUGUGUGUUUUGUAUUUAAAUGCACUGGUGUCUGUAUUCUGGGGCUGCUCUGAAUGUCCAGGUCUGUAUCUGUGGAGUGUCUGUGCUUCUGGGGUUGCUCUGUAGAUCCAGGUCUGGCUCUUGCUGUCUGUACCCAUGGAGUGCCGGUGCUUCCGUGGCUGUCCUGUGCAUCCAGGUCUGUAUCCGUGCGACCGCGAUUUCUUGUACAAAAGCUUCUGACCUGGCCAAACACUGUUGGAUAAAGUGAGUUUUACCUUC